AUGAAGCUCCACACCGCAGCUAUCCUCGUCAUCCUCUGCCUUGGCAUCUUCACUGUGCGCACAGUGAAAGGAAGUGCUGGAAGUCAGUCCAUGCUCAAAGCCACUUGUGUAAAUCUCCGUACAAAACAACUGAGCAUCCGAAAUCUUGUAGGCUACGAAAAGCACACUCAAGCAAAUGCUGUAAUCUUUAUCACUAGAAAUGGUAUCAAGAUCUGCGUAAGUGCUGAUCAGAAAUGGGUGCAGACUGCUAUGAAGAAGAUAAAAGAAAAACUUACUGCCAAACGCAAAUAA